AUGACUCCCAAAGACAAGAACCGUAUUCUACCAUCUAGAGUUUGGUCUCAAGCAAAUGUCACAAAUGCAGCAAAUGCAGCGGCUGUUUUGGAAAAUGCACCACAACAACCACCCAGCGCUGCUACUAGAGCUUCCAACUUUGAAAUUGGGGUUGGAGGAAUCGUCACUUAUGAAUUUGCUGAGAAUAUUGGCGGACGGUAUACUCAUCAUCAAACUUCCUCUCCCUCAUUACAAAUGGCACUGACUGUUCAUUUUCCAGAGUCUGUGUUGAUGUUUCCAACUUUGAGGGCGACCCUUUCCUCAUCCUCUCUUACUCGGCAUCCAGCUUCUUUGCUGGCAAGAUGCCAGAUUCCACGGGUGACAUAGUACCUCUUGAUCUCCCCCUCAAGUUUCGCAUCAAGAAUAAGGGAAUCAAUUGUGUAGCUCCUGGUUUCAAUCGAGGGGCAUUCAAAUACUUGACCAUAUACAUUCCGGAAACACCUGUACCGGAUGAUGGCAAUGAUUUCUACCAUCCACCCAAGGGCACGACUGCUAGGGAUGUUGUCAAAAAGACAACCUCGAGUUGGUAUGACUCGAUUAGACGAGGCAUCAAGAACCUGAGAGCUGCCAAUGCCGAUGAGAAUCCAAGUGUUUUCAUAAAGGCUCUUUGGGUGGUUUGCUCCGCGUAUCCCAACCAACCAUACGGGAGAGCGUAUAAUGGCUACUUUGAAAGCUCAUCAUCACUUUUGAAUCGUGUAUGGUACGCCGGUGCUUGGACCUUGCAACUCAUCAACAUCAAGCCUAAUGAAGGAUGUGCGAUCAUUCAAUUCAGUAGUGAGUUUGACGGCACCCAUCCAGAACCUGGAGCCUGGUAUAACAAUUACACAAUUGCCAAUGGAACAGCCGUCACGACUGAUGGUGCUAAACGCGACCGUAUGGUCUGGUCAGGAGAUAUAGAAAUUACCAUUCCUGGUAUUGCGGUGUCAAGCUACGACAUGCUUGCCGUGCGAAAUGCGUUGGACUCAUUGUGGAAUCUUCAAUACAGCGAUGGUUCUUUAUCAUACGCUGGCAUCCCCAUGGGCCAACACCACGAAUUCAGCGAUACCUACCACAUGCAUACCUUGAUUGGCAGUUAUCUCUACGUCCUUUACAGUGGGGAUGUGGAUUGGAUCAAGAAUAAAUGGGCUACCUUCAAACGUGCGGUCGAUUUCAGUGUAGCAAAGAUUGAUGGUCGCAAUCUUAUGCUCGUCACUUCUGAAUUUGAUUGGAUUCGACCAGGAAUGGUUGGUCACAACUCGGAAGCCUCAGCAAUUGCACUGAAAAUGCUCGAGGAUGCUAUCAAAUUGGCCGAAUGGGUUGGUGAAGCAAAUCCGCAGACUCGAGGAGUUUCGUGGACGGACACUCACGCAAGACUUCGUUCGGGAUUCCAAGGUCUUUGGUGUGCUGCCGACAAUCUCUAUGGAGACAACCUGGAGGAUCGAGGAUGCAAUGGCUCUCAAAAGGUUUUACCCCAGGAUGGCAAUACCUGGGCACUGAUGGCAGGUGCCGCUGACGCUGAUACUGCCGCUAAGGUAUCCGAAGCUCUUCGCAACCGCUGGACAAAGUACGGUGCACCUGCAGUCGAAUUCCCAAACGUCAUUUCAUCUUGGGUGGCUUCGUGUGAGCUUAUGGCUCACGUUGUUGCGGGACAUCAUGAUUAUGCUAUCGAGCUCAUGGAGUUACAAUGGGGAUGUAUGAUGGACGAACCCGGAAUGACAAACUCCACUUUCCUUCAGGGCUACCGAAUGGACGGGUACAUUUACUAUCCCGCAUAUCCGGCAGCGCCCAGAAAUUCCCACGCACAUGGUUGGGCUUCGGGUCCUACAUCAGUUCUCAUUGAAGGAAUCUUGGGUAUCAAAUUGUUGACCCCACUUGGAAAGACAUGGGAAAUCGAACCCCACAUCACCAAAUGGCUCGGUCACGUUCGAGGUGGAUUUGCAAAUGGUCUCGGAAAGUUCGAGGUCUCAAUCGAGCGUCUUGUCCAUAUUACCGGUCGUUAUGCACAAGGUCUUAACAUUACGGUCCCCGCUGGUUCAUCUGGCACACUCAGAUGGUUCGGUCAAGAAAUCAAGCUUUCCGAGGAAGCAACUAGCAAUACCCAAACUUACUCCUAUUAUGUUUAUCCGCCAUCCCUAGUCCAGAGACAAGUUGCGCCUGUUACACGAAUGGCAGCACGAGAUCAAUGGAGACUCUUCUCCCCUGAUCCCCAGUGGACCAAGCCUGGAACUGAUCAACGAGCCGUUGGAGUCACGGAUCUCAGUAUCAUGACAAAAUAUUGGGUUCCGACAAAGGGUGUUCGUUCUGCUGCCUCGCGUGGAGAUGGAUGGAACAGAGUGAAGGAACGCAAGAUGAGAAAACGAGGUAAGACAAAUUCUGAUGCUUAGAAUUGCCAUUACAUUCUGGGAUAGAGGAUGCUCGUAUUGCACCAUGA